CACACACACGUCGGAGAGAGAGAGAGAGAGAGAGAGAGAGAGAGAGAGAGAGAGUCGCAGAUAAACAGUGCAGUCUUGGCAGACAGACAGAGCAGAGAAGUUUGGGGUUUAAGACCUUUCUUUGGAAAGUGCAACUCGUCGGUGCAGUUUGCCCAUUCAUACCAGGCUCAUACUCAGCAGCCAAACAGCUAGGAAAACAACCCCGACUUUUACUCCUUUUUGGCUUCAGGUGCGUUGACGCGGCGCGGACCUGUUGGUUCACUUUGGCUUGAAACCUUCAGACUUUUGGAUAAACUCGCGCAAACUUUGCAAAACACCGCGGAGAAGGCAAUGCAUGGAAGGAGGUGUGGAGAAAGCAGCCUGAGCAGCAAUGAGAGGAUGAUGUGACCCUGCGUAAACUCCAAUGACCACCUCUCUCUCUCUUCUCAAACACAAGUGAAACAGCAGCAGCGCGUCCAUGUCCUGGCUCCAGCCAGCAUGACUCUGUCCGGCGGUUUGUCGGAUACUUGUCAGCUCAUUUUACGCGACCGCAUGGAGCCGGAGCUGUGGAAAUAGGACUUGAUCCAUGCGUUCUGGGGAAUAGUUGUUGCAACACGUUGUGAAGCAAACACAAGCUACCGUGCACACUUUGGAGAGAGCUACGAUGCGGGGCACUUUGGGCGCUUUCAUUCAGUCCUGCCUGAUACUCCUGGUCAGAGCAGACCAGUGGAGGUUGAAGGACUCCGCCAACUGCGAGCUCAACAGGAAACAAACUGACCUAAACUCUUUCCUGUGGACGAUCAAACGGGACCCUCCCUCAUAUUUCUAUGGUACAAUCCACGUUCCCUACACGCGUGUUUGGGACUUCAUCCCCGAAAACUCCAAGCAGGCCUUCCAGGAGAGCAACAUCGUCUACUUUGAGCUGGACCUGACGGACCCUUACACCAUCUCAGCCCUGACCAGCUGCCAGCUGCUUCCUCAGGGCGAGAACCUGCAGGAUGUCCUGCCCAGAGACAUCUAUCGGAGACUUAAAAGACACCUUGAGUAUGUAAAGCUCAUGAUGCCCUCAUGGAUGACCCCGGAUCAGAGAGGGAAGGGACUCUACGCGGACUACCUCUUCAACGCCAUCGCUGGGAACUGGGAGAGGAAGCGGCCCGUUUGGGUGAUGCUGAUGGUGAAUUCGUUAACCGAGGCAGAUAUUAAGACACGAGGGGUGCCGGUGCUGGAUUUGUACCUGGCCCAGGAGGCGGAGAGGAUGAGGAAGAGGACGGGGGCUGUCGAGAAGGUGGAGGAACAGUGCCAUCCACUCAAUGGGCUCAACUUCUCCCAGGUGAUAUUUGCCCUCAACCAGACGUUAUUACAGCAGGAGUCUUUAAGGGCAGGAAGCCUACAGGUCCCGUACACCACUGAAGACCUCAUCAGGCACUACAACUGUGGAGAUCUCAAUUCCAUCAUCUUCAAUCAUGACACCUCACAGGUCCCUAACUUCAAAAACGUGACACUGCCACCCAGCGAGCAGGUGACCGCCCAGGAAAUAGACAGCUACUUUCGACAGGAACUCAUCUACAAGAGGAAUGAGAGGAUGGGGAAGAGGGUCAAGGCACUGCUGGAGGAACACCCUGACAAGAGCUUCUUCUUUGCCUUUGGAGCAGGUCACUUUCUUGGCAACAAUACAGUCAUUGAUGUGCUUCGUCGCCAGGGAUACGAGGUGGAGCACACCCCUGCUGGGCAGAGCAUAAACAGGAGACCUGCCUCGCCAGAGUCAGAAGACCACCAUGAAGAGUCCCCUCUCCUGGAGCCUUUCCUCCACGAGCUCCCCCACAAAGAGGAUGAUCAGGGGCGUCCCCUGGAGGAGGAUCUGUUCCCCCAUAUGCUCCUGCCACCGGAUAGCCUGGAGCUGCUGGAGAAAGCAGAGAGGAAGAUGCUGAAGAAAAAGAAGAGGAAGCAGAAGAAACAGCGGCACCGGCAUUUUAACGACCUCUGGGUUCGCAUCGAGGAGAGCACUAUGGUCCAGUCUCCUCCUCCCCCGCUGGUUCGCAUCAUCAAUGGUUACAUCACAGUACAGCCACCUGACAGAGUCCACAGCCACUACAACUACCACCACAUAUCUUCGGCAUCAAGCACCUCUUCGUUCUCACCAUCGUUACUCGUCUUCCUCUGCACAUUGCUUACAGUGCAGACGUGGAAUGUAUUCCUCUAGUAGAGCAUUAGUUGGGACUCUAUAAAAACAGUCAGCCAUCUUGAGUAUAAACUCUCACAUAUGGUGGUUUCAUGUAUCAGCUCAUGUGAAGUGAGGUCUGAUCAUGCAUCAUAAUACCUAGAGGAGGCUGCAAAAGAGUGUGGUGACUCUCAGAGAACGGAUGUGAAAUCAGCUUUAGCUGUCAGGUAACAGUACACUCCAUGGAUGUUAGGUUAGAUUAAGUUUGUGUUGUUGGGUCUCAGUGGUAAAUCACGUCAAUAGAGCAUGUCUAUUACAAAUUGAGGCCUUCAUGAGCAUGUAAGUUCAUACUGUAUAAAGCUAGGUUUCUUGGAACAUAAAGGUUUCAUAAGGUUUCAAUUAUUUUACACACACAAACACACACACAGCUGGAGCGAGUACACAGAACGCAGCAGGAAGUAUUAUCAGACACAACAUAUCAGUUCCCUUAUGAAUUACAGUGUUACAAUAGACACUCAUCAUUCAACAUUCAAACCUCUGAGGAUAUGAGAUCUCAUUGAUGUGACUGUUCAGUGAAUGAACACAACAACAUCGUUGAAACUAUUGCUGAAUAUCACAUACCUUCAAUAAGUACAACUGGAACCAUAUGUCCUAUAUGUGUGUGUGUGUGAGAGAGAGAGAGAGAGAGAGAGAGCGUGUGUGUGUGAGACAAACAAAGUCUAUCAGCUCUUAAACCCCCCAGCCUUGCAAACAGAGGUGUUAUUCUUCAGACUUUAAUUUAUUCUUCCAUUUUAGAAGAAUUUGUUUAAUGUUGCAUAAAAGCCUACUGUGGGGGAAAAUUGUACAUAUUGUUCUAAAUAUUAUAGAUGUAUUUUAGAAUUAUAAAAAAUGAAAAUUAUCAAAAGUUUUGUUGUUGUUUAUAUAAAUAUAUAAAUAGAUAUGCAGUAUAUUUUUGAAAAGAAAAUCAGGAACUAACCACCAUAGCCUGUGUCAUGUGUCUCACUGAAAUGACAUUUUUGGAAGGGACAUAUGUUUGUAUUGUAUUUUAUGUAUCAGUGUUAUCACUUGCUUUGCCGUAUGUGUCUGCUGAAAUGAUUCAUAUUAUGUCUGUUUUUUUGUCAAAUAGAGAUCAUGUGUUUAAUUUAUUUAACUACUAUAGUUUUGCUGUAGGCCAUAUGAAACAUUCCCAAUGUUUUUUUAUAUAUAUUUUUGCAGUCACUAUGAUGUCCAAAUGUGUUAUUUCAAAUGUUUUCAAGUAUGAUGUCAAAUACGAAGGUAACAAUAAUUCAGUUUUAAAUACAUGAAGCUGUCUACACAGAUAGACCACAUACAGCAUAGUGCUUUAGGUCGUUCACAUUUCACUUAUGGCAUGAGAUGAUUGUAAUAGUAUUACCAUGGCAACAAUAAAAUAUUUAUCUAGAUUAAAA